AUGUAUUUGAAACCGAGAAAAUAUUACAACUUUGCAAAAUUCUCGACGUGCGUGGCACGUCAUUCCAGAGUAAGAGGUUAACCCAUCCUGCGUUAUAGAAAUGAUAGUGCGAGUUUGCAAUACAACGGAGAACACGAGCUUUUUAUCUGAUACAUAAUUUGAUGUGGAAAGUUAUUCAAAUCUCUGAAAAUGCAUUUAUUAGAUUUCUGUAAGAAAUUAGUAUGGAGGAUCAAUGUUGCAAUUCCUUUUAAUCGAUUUAUCCUGUUUUUUUUUUUUUUUAAUAUUUAGUGCUAUGAAAGGACUUACUUGAUAUUUGUUUCAUUAUUUUACUUUCCACCUAAAGUUCAUAAAAUGUUCAAUUUUAUAAAAUUUAAAAACAUUGAUGAAUUAUUGCUUGCUGGUCGUUCAUCCCCCGUCAGAUUGCUUCUUCACACCGUAUCAUCGUCAUCGUUCUCGCAGUCAUCAUCAAGACCUGAAACAGCACCUCAUGUAAAAAAAAAAAAGAAAACAGAACGAAACAAAAAAGCAAACGAGACAUCAGCUCGAUUUCUACUCUCUGCUUGCAGCAACAUAGCUAGAUCGAUCGUCCAUCAAGAUCGUCGAAGCGAAGUUAGAGAAGAUCUCGGGGGAGGAAAGUUUGUCGUUGCUGGUGAGGGAGGAUUGAUAAGCCUCCGGCAGGGCAAGUCUCUCGAGGAAGGACAGAGGAAGAAGGAACCAGGUGCCCCAGCUACCUAG